CCGGCCACGCCGCCCGCCCGCCCGCCCGUCCGCCGGCCAUGGCCGUCACGCUCGACAAAGAGGCCUAUUACCGGAGGGUCAAGAGACUCUACAGCAACUGGCGGAAAGGGGAGGAUGAAUAUGCCAAUGUGGAUGCCAUUGUUGUGUCCGUGGGCGUGGACGAAGAGAUCGUGUAUGCCAAGUCAACCGCCUUGCAGACAUGGCUCUUUGGCUACGAAUUAACCGACACCAUCAUGGUCUUCUGCGAUGACAAGAUCCUCUUCAUGGCCAGCAAGAAGAAAGUCGAGUUCCUGAAGCAGAUUGCCAACACCAAGGGCAACGAGAAUGCCAAUGGGGCACCCGCCAUCACGCUGCUCGUGCGUGAGAAGAAUGAGAGUAACAAGAGCAACUUUGACAAGAUGAUCGAAGCCAUUAAAGAGAGCAAGAACGGCAAAAAGAUCGGUGUGUUCAGCAAGGAUAAAUUCCCCGGAGAGUUUAUGAAGAGUUGGAAUGACUGCCUCAACAGAGAGGGGUUUGAGAAGGUAGACAUCAGUGCAGUAGUGGCUUACACCAUCGCAGUGAAGGAGGAUGGGGAACUGAGCCUGAUGAAGAAAGCAGCCAGCAUCACCUCUGAGGUCUUCAACAAAUUCUUCAAGGAGAGAGUCAUGGAGAUCGUCGAUGCCGAUGAGAAAGUACGGCACAGCAAAUUGGCUGAGUCGGUUGAGAAGGCGAUCGAAGAGAAGAAGUACCUGGCCGGGGCCGACCCUUCUACUGUGGAGAUGUGUUACCCUCCCAUCAUUCAGAGCGGGGGCAACUACAAUCUCAAAUUCAGCGUUGUCAGUGACAAGAACCACAUGCACUUCGGAGCCAUCACGUGUGCCAUGGGUAUCCGCUUUAAAUCCUACUGCUCCAACCUGGUGCGCACCCUGAUGGUCGACCCUCCCCAGGAAGUCCAGGAGAACUACAACUUCCUGCUCCAGCUGCAAGAGGAGCUGCUGAAGGAGCUGAGACAUGGGGUGAAACUGUGUGACGUGUACAAUGCCGUCAUGGAUAUGGUCAAAAAACAGAAACCCGAACUGAUGAGCAAAAUCACCAAAAAUCUGGGGUUCGCUAUGGGGAUUGAAUUCCGCGAAGGAUCGUUGGUCAUCAACAGCAAGAAUCAGUACAAGCUAAAAAAGGGCAUGGUUUUCAGCAUCAACAUGGGGUUCUCGGACCUGACCAACAAAGAAGGGAAGAAGCCGGAAGAGAAAACGUACGCCCUCUUCGUCGGCGACACGGUCCUGGUCGAUGAGGACGGCCCGGCUGCUGUUCUCACAGCCGUAAAGAAGAAAGUGAAGAACGUGGGGAUUUUCUUGAAGAAUGAGGACGAGGAGGAAGAGGAGGAGGAGAAGGACGAGGCUGAGGACCUGCUGGGGCGAGGGUCUCGGGCAGCCCUGCUCACGGAGAGGACCCGAAAUGAGAUGACGGCCGAGGAGAAACGACGCGCUCAUCAAAAGGAGCUGGCCACCCAGCUCAACGAGGAAGCCAAGAGGCGGCUGACGGAGCAGAAGGGGGAGCAGCAGAUCCAGAAAGCUCGCAAAUCUAACGUGUCCUACAAGAACCCUGCUCUGAUGCCCAAGGAACCGCAUAUCCGGGAGAUGAAGAUCUACAUCGACAAGAAGUAUGAGACUGUCAUAAUGCCCGUGUUUGGCAUCGCCACACCAUUCCAUAUCGCCACCAUCAAGAACAUCAGUAUGUCAGUGGAGGGAGACUACACGUACCUCCGAAUCAACUUCUAUUGCCCAGGCAGCGCCCUGGGCAGGAACGAAGGCAACAUAUUCCCCAACCCGGAAGCCACGUUUGUCAAAGAGAUCACGUAUCGAGCCUCAAAUAUGAAAGCCCCCGGAGAGCAGACGGUUCCCGCUCUGAACCUCCAGAACGCCUUCCGCAUCAUAAAGGAGGUGCAGAAGCGGUACAAGACCCGGGAAGCGGAAGAGAAAGAGAAGGAGGGCAUUGUGAAGCAAGAUUCCCUGGUGAUCAACCUCAACCGGAGUAACCCCAAGCUGAAGGACCUGUACAUCCGACCCAACAUUGCCCAGAAGAGGAUGCAGGGCUCCUUGGAGGCCCACGUCAAUGGCUUCCGCUUCACGUCGGUGCGAGGGGACAAGGUGGACAUCCUCUACAACAACAUCAAGCACGCCUUGUUCCAGCCCUGUGACGGGGAGAUGAUCAUCGUGCUGCACUUCCACCUCAAGAACGCCAUCAUGUUCGGAAAGAAGCGGCACACAGACGUGCAGUUCUACACCGAAGUGGGGGAGAUCACGACGGACCUGGGGAAGCACCAGCACAUGCACGACCGGGACGACCUCUACGCCGAGCAGAUGGAGCGGGAGAUGAGGCACAAACUGAAGACGGCCUUUAAAAACUUCAUUGAGAAGGUGGAGGCCCUGACCAAGGAGGAGCUGGAGUUCGAAGUGCCUUUCAGGGAUCUGGGAUUUAAUGGCGCACCCUACAGAAGCACCUGUCUCCUCCAGCCGACCAGCAGUGCUCUGGUGAACGCUACGGAGUGGCCGCCUUUCGUGGUGACGUUGGACGAGGUGGAGCUGAUUCACUUCGAGCGGGUCCAGUUCCACCUGAAGAACUUCGACAUGGUGAUCGUCUAUAAGGACUACAGCAAGAAAGUGACCAUGAUCAACGCCAUCCCCGUGGCCUCACUUGACCCCAUCAAGGAGUGGUUGAACUCCUGUGACCUGAAGUACACCGAAGGAGUGCAGUCCCUCAACUGGACCAAAAUCAUGAAGACCAUCGUAGACGACCCCGAGGGCUUCUUUGAGCAAGGGGGCUGGUCUUUCCUGGAGCCCGAGGGCGAGGGAAGCGAUGCUGAAGUUGGGGAAUCAGAGUCAGAAAUUGAAGAUGAGACCUUUAACCCUUCAGAGGAUGAAUAUGAGGAAGAGGAGGAAGACAGUGACGAAGACUAUUCCUCAGAAGCAGAGGAGUCGGACUAUUCCAAGGAAUCAUUGGGUAGCGAAGAGGAGAGCGGAAAAGACUGGGAUGAACUGGAGGAAGAAGCCAGGAAAGCCGACCGUGAGAGUCGAUACGAGGAAGAGGAGGAGCAGAGUCGGAGCCUGAGCCGGAAGAGGAAGGGCUCCGUCCACAGCUCCGGCCGCGGCUCCGGCCGCGGCUCCAGACACAGCUCCGCGCCCCCGAAGAAGAAGAGGAAGUAGCCGAUGAACUCUGGUCCCGCCACCCCCUUCCUCCUCCAGCUGACCCCUGAAUAUUUUACCCGAAAUAGAAACUGUAUUUCUUCUCUCUCCCCCGC